AUCCCGGUUCGAGCAGUCGGGCCGGCCGUUCGAGCACUUUCCAUGAGCCAAAAGAGCUCGACUGAAGCGUCAUCGCGGAAGCUGCUAUCUGGCUGGUUAGGCAGUUUCGCUGCAGUUCUUUCUUUCACGUAAAAUAUUAAAAAAUAGUUCAGCUGAACAACUAUGGCAGGAAAAACCAAUGAAGAAGUUGAGCAACAGCAACAAAAAAAUGAAAACGAAAAUGCAGAACAGACCCAAAGCCAGGAGCUGGCCGAGCAGUCGAACGCCCCGGAAACGAUCGAUCCAGAAUGUCUGAUCAAGCAUCCGCUGCAACACACCUGGACACUGUGGUAUCUGGAAGCGGAUCGUACGAAAUCAUGGACUGACUCGAUGAACGAAGUAACCAGCUUCUCUACCGUGGAAGAUUUCUGGAGCCUUUACAAUCACAUUCGUGGACCGUCCGAGAUCAAGGUGGGCGGUGACUACAUGCUGUUCAAAUCGCACAUUCGUCCCAUGUGGGAAGACGAAGCGAACAAGCACGGUGGCCGAUGGACGCUUACCAUUCAGAAACACCUGUCGGACAAAUACUGGUUGGAGACGGUGCUAUGCUUAAUCGGAGAGGCGUUCGAAUGCUCGGAACAGGUUUGCGGUGCGAUUGUAAACGUUCGCCAGAGGAUUGAUAAAAUCUCCAUCUGGACUGCCAACUACGAGAAUCACGCAGCAGUAAUGCACAUUGGAAAAAUUUACAAGGAUCGAUUAAAGCUCCGGGAAAGCAUUCAGUAUCAGCUUCAUAAAGACACGAUGAUCAAAUCGUCCUCGUCCGGAACGAAAACCACGUACACCGUUUAAUUGAUUGCUCUGUGUCCCGGCUGGAACCCUUUUUUUCCCGUGAAUCACUGGUUUGUCGCGGGCGCUACGAAAAUACGAUGCAAUGACGAAACGCAUGGGAUGAAACUAUAGCGCAAAGAAGCAAGGCGAUCGAAGUGUGCGGCGACACAAAGAAACCCCCGAAUGCGAAUAACCAAGAUGGAAACAGGAAGCAUUGUGAAGUGAACGAGGAAAGCGUGCGAAACAUCGUCGAUAUGUACAGGAAAACGGAUUUCAUUUUUUUUUUAAAGCCGUUUUUGGGAGCUGAGCGGAAAUCAACUCCCACAGUCGUGUCGCAACGAUCGCGAAACGCAAAAAAAAAAAGAGCAAAAAUGUUUGAUUUUUCCCUUAAAAUUUGGAUCUUUGUACCGCUUGUCUACUUCGAUCGAUCGCGCUACCCUAGUGCUAGUCGUCCGUACGAUUUUAAGGGUACUUUAGUGUGCGUGUGUGAGAGAGUGUAGGAUAGAUCUAAUGAAUUGCUCACGGGGAGGAAAAGAAAAUAUAGGCUCGCCCGCGCGCAUCGCGAAACUGUGGAUCGAUCUGUGGCAUUCGUUAUCACCCCCUCCUCCUAUUCGUUGACUGAUUGUUCCCUCUUUUCAUUUUUUACUUGCGUGUGCCCAAGCGCAUCCCUCGACCACAGACAGAAAGCCCAUGUGUGUUCAAUCAGCAACGUCUGCCCUGAAUUUGAUGUUUCUAUUGUGCUUUGGCAAGCUUUUCGCGAGUGAAACGAAUGCUUACCGAUGAUUCUGCAUAUUUGAUUUCUUCACCCGGAUUAGAGCAAAUGAAAAACGAAAGGAUAAAGGAAAUUGUGGUAGGAAGAAGGCGUGUUCCGGAGUUUCCUUUGUACAGAGCUCUGGUGCAGGGAAAGCAGUCCAGGCAGGUUCAGGCAGCAGCAUCUUUAUAGAUUUUUCUUUCUUUGUUAAUUCACCCAUAGACUACGCAAGGGAAUAGUCUUUGAGCAUUACCUUUCUUUUUUUGUUUUGGGGGGGGAUUGUUUCGCUAGUCGAUUUACUUGAUCGAUCGUGAACGAAUGUUCAUACCUAGUGCAUGAUGAGUGUAGCAGCACGAAGAGAGAACGUUACUAAACUACUGUGAAGCCUAGCUGUAUGCUGCAGUAGUGGGUGUAGUACGAGCUUCUGUUUUGCGCUGGUACGUAUCGGUAAUUAGGAUAUCCAUAGAAUGGAAUUGCGGUUUUGUAUUGAACACAUAUGUUACUGGAACUAUCUCUACUAAUUAAUGUACUAUUGUUUAUGAAUAAUUUUGCAUACAAAUAAGCACUUACUCGGCGCUGAACACACGUAGAACGCGGAGCUGCUGCUGCUGUUUGAUUAAUUUGUAAUACAAUUUAUAUAACUUUAUGUUUAAUCCGAGUGCAUCGUAAAUUAUACAGUAAGGAAAACUCGUUGGAAAAGAAAUAUAGAACAUGAGGUUAAUGAA